AAUUGUUACCCUUAGAUCCGGAUCCGGAGUAUUUCGAGGAAGACUCAAAAUGUCGUCCCAGGGAGAACAGAAAGACCUUGCUGCUGAAUUCAUGUCGAAGGUCAAGAUUACUGAUUAUCCUGAUCUAGGAAACCGUUUUGAACCCAAGACUUCGGAGCCCAUCACUCGUCCUCUCGAUAGUCUAGAUGAAGUCUUAUUAUGGCAACCAGAUGACCAGUUCAACGUUGCCAAUUCCCCGCUGGCUACUCCAACGACCCCCGCUGAACCUCGACCUAUGACCCUUGUGUGUCAUGACAUGAAGGGGGGUUACAUUGAUGAUAGAUUUGUCCAAGGCGUCCCCAUCAGCUCUGCCUACCGCUUCUACCACUGGCAAUACAUUGACAUCUUCAUCUACUUCAGCCAUCAUUUUGUGACCAUUCCCCCACCCUGCUGGACGGAUGCUGCUCAUAAGAACGGCACCCUCAUGCUUGGAACUGUCAUCACAGAAUGGCAAGAUGGUAAGAAGAGAUGUGCCGAGAUGUACGGGAGUGAGGCCGCGUGCAAGAGAUUUGCAGACAAGCUGGUCGAGAUUGCCAAGUAUUACAACUUUGAAGGCUGGCUCAUCAACAUUGAGAACCCCAUUCCACCAGAGCACAUGCCCCAGCUCCUUUUCUUCGUGCAGUACCUCACCAAGCAGAUGCAUCAACAUAUUGAAGGGUCAAAGGUCAUAUGGUACGACAGCGUCAUUGCCGAUGGCUCGCUGCGCUGGCAGGACAUGCUGAAUGAUAACAACAGAAUCUUCUUUGAUGCCAGUGAUGCCAUCUUCUUGAACUACACGUGGAAUGAGAACAAGCUGGCCAGCUCGGUACAGAAUGCCGGCCCUCGGAAGCAUGACGUCUAUGUUGGGGUGGACAUCUUUGGAAGGAACUGCUUUGGAGGUGGGGGAUGGAACACUAACAAGGCUAUGGAAGUGAUAAAGAGGCAGGGUCUCUCGACUGCCAUCUUUGCUCCAGGCUGGGUGAUGGAGAAGCUAGGAGAGGCAGACUUUGUCGCAAACCAGGACAAGUUCUGGUCUUUGCUAGACUCCUAUCUUUACACCCAUGGUGUCUCAUCUCUACCCUUCGUCACAAACUUCUGCAGGGGAUAUGGAGAAUUCGGUUUCAAAUGUGGAAAUGAGGUGAUGAAGAAAGCAUGGUGUAAUCUGAGUAGUCAGCAGAUAGUGCCUACCUAUGGCAAGGAGCAGUUCUCUGACGUAGAGGGCGCUUCAAAGAAGACGGUCAUGCAGUACGUGGUGUCCGAUGCCUUCAACGGAGGCGGUUGCGUGGAGAUCCACGGCGGACUGGCAGCUAGCCAGGUCACCAGAUGCAAGUUGUUUGCUACCGGUAUCUCUGGGUCACACCCUCUUCUGGUCUCCUACACUGCCAAGCAUGGAGAUAACUGCAAGAUGUGUCUCUACCUAUCCACACCAAACAAGGAGAUUCUGUUGUGGAAUACUGCAGAUGACAUGAAGGCAGGCGAGCAACCCAUGAGUACCUAUGGCCUGAGACUCUCUGCCCUGGUCGACCAUUCCACCGUCCCCGACUCCCUCAAGUCCUCCGAUCCCACCAUCUUCUCUCCUCUGGUUGGCACGUGUCAUAAGAUCCUCCAGGAUGCAUCCUUUGGUAUUGACAGCUCGGUGGUACCUACCCAAGGCUGGGUGACAAGGAACUACCUAGUACCAGAGUCUGUCCUUACUGCUGGUGCUAAGAUCACAGAGAUUGGUUUGCUUUGCUUCUCAGCAGCUCCUGUCGAGUCUUACUCAGUCAAGAUCGGAGAAAUCAAGGUCGUUGACCCCGGAUCGCUUCGGGACCAAACACAGCAGGUGACCGACCUAUCCUGUCAGGACGUCACCUGGCAUCCACCCAUCGCGAAUGUCGUGGACCCGCACACCGUCGUUUCCCUCUGCGCCACGCUGACCUGGUCCUACCCCGCUGGCCUUGGGGACCACUUUGACAUCUACUGCUCCGGCAUCGAGCGCGACCCCAACCAGAGCCGUGCCGUCAGUAAGAGCGAUAAGCUGUUCGUCGGGAGAGCUCACUCGCACAGCUUCCGCGUGUGUCAUCUGCUCAUCCCGAAGAUAGAGAACGAAGGCCAGGAGGACUGCAUUGAGUUCUGUGUGCAGCCGACAACGAGGGCGGGCUUCUCAGCACCUCUACUUGAUGUCUCCAGCUGCAAAGUGGUCUACUCCAAGUAGUCUGGGUGAGGUUGAGAUUUUCUUUAGAAUGUACAGUCAAACUUGUCUAUAGCGACCGCCCAAGGGAAACACAAAAAGUGAUCUUUGAAGACAGGUUCCUUUAGUACAUGCUUCAAUGAGAAACCAUUUUCAAGGGAAACAAAAAAUGUGGUCUUUGUAGACAGGUGGUCUUUAUAGACAGGUGGUCACUAAAGCAGGUUUGACUGUAUUUUGAGAGUUUCAGUCACUGCUGAAUCUUUUUUGUGAUGAUCAUGGUUGUGUAAACAAUACUUUUGGCGAACAUUUCUUUUAUUUGCAAUAAGAUACUCAGUCCCCACCCACCCUUUUCCGUGUAUGUUAUUAUUCGCUGCAGGGAUGACCAUGUGAUUAAUGCAAUCUGUGAUCAAAUUAACAGUUAUUACUGAUUCAUUCUCAAUGAGAAUAUGGGUAUGUCUCUUUUCAAGUCAAUCAUGAAAGUGAGCAUCGGAUCAGAAUCAGUAUAUUGUCUCUCAUUUAGUUAGUGUAGGUCAUUAACCACGGAGCAAUUGGUGUUGGAGCAUGAUGUACAACGAUCACUUGACAUAUGCUUUAAAGUUUUAUGUAUCUUUUCUUAAACAGCAGGUUUAUUUGCAACUAUGUGUAGGUUUUAGCAAUGUGCUAUGUUUUUAUAUGAUUUCUUUUAUUUGAUUGAUCUAUGCAUUGAAUGAAUACAUUCCAUACUAUAUUAAAGUUGUCUGGAUUAUUUUUUUAUUGUGUUGAAAGUACAAAAGAUUCCAGUACUUUUGUGAACCCCAAUACUUAUUUUGUAUACCAAUUUCACCAAUCGAAUUUGCAAACUUUCUUAAUUUCAUCCAAACUUUUGAGUUAUUGAAAAAAGUAAAUGAGAAAGAAAAUGAUAGAUUUAUCUCAUCCGUAGUGUAUUAUAUCUAUUCCUAUUUUUUGUCAAUAUUACAAAAUAUCUUGUAUCUCUGUAUUUGUGAUGGUAGCAUAGCUAAAAUUAAAUCCAAUCCAGCAUUUUCAAAAUGUGCAAUGAACAUAUAAUGUUGAAAAGGGAUUUAGAAGAUAACUUGAAUGAGGU